AUGCCGGAGUUUGGUUUGCUUCCGAAGGGAUACAACGUUCGGGUACAUGGGGCCUACUUUCCUGGUUAUUAUUAUGGGCCUAAAGAGACCAAACUCGGUGAUGUGAAGAUGGGUGAACUUUGGACCUACCUCAAAACCCGAAGUCGUAACCCGGUUCACUACCUUAAAGCACUUGCUCGUUUCUCGUGGCGUUACCGCCUUAAUUGGAUCUACCCCCGCAAGGGUACCCUUGUACCAUUCUUUCACUUUGGUAUUGUCUUCGCCACUUGUCAAUACCUAAUCAACUACAAGAGCCAUCAAACUGAACGACAUGCUAAGUACCAUUAG